GCCAGUCUAUUUUCUCAAGAACUCAUAACUUGAUCUAGUUGUACAUUGGUCUGUUUUUAUUAUUAUGAAUUGCUAACCCUAUCGGUAUUAGUGGUUCAAAGUUAACCAUGAAACAAGGCCAGAAGAACAUGUAAAUGUUCCUUAACAACCGAAUACCAUUUCUAUUGUUUGUUACAUCUGCUUUCACUUGUAUGAUGUCAGUCAACGAGGGUCUGUUGAAAUAGUUGCAAAGUCAAAAGAGUGCUCACUAUUCCUGGAUACCCAUCCACCGAUACCAACGUGUUGUAAUAGUUUAUAAGAGUUUAGGGUUUUAGGUUUUGAUUCAGUCAGCUGUGGAAAUGGAAAAAUUCUGAUAUCUGGCAUACUGUUCUGAUAUCAAGGUAAUUGUUAAACUUGUGCAAGAGGGGGCUUCUUUCAGCGACUGGAAUCCAAUACAGCUAACUAAAUCCAUAAGCAAGGAAAUUGGGGAGGUAAGGAGUGCUACAAUGUUGAGAAAUGGAUCAUUGCAGAUUAUACGUAAAGAUGGAAGACAACAAGAGAGCAAUCAGAAUGAAUAAAAUAAAUGGCAAUAAAGUGCAAUGUUCUGACUAAUGACAGAAAAUUGGUCAGUUGUCACAGGGAUUCCCGUAAAUGUAUCAGCAGAUGAUGUUAAAGGAAAUGUAACAAAUGCGAGUGAGGUCAAAACGUGACGUGAAAACAAACAGAAAUGGGAUUAAAUGGGAUAAUCUCUUGGUUUUGAUCACAUUUGAUGAAGAAAGACUCACGGAAAAGAUCUUCGUUGUUCCCCCACCACUCAGAUGUGUCAGAGAUUUGGACAUGUGGCGGCGGUGUGCAAGGGAAAGCAAAGGUGUGGUAGAUGUGGCAGAGACCAUGAGCAUGGAAAAUUGAAAUUGUGGAGGUGAACAUAGCUCAGCUUAUGGGUGCAAAGUUAGUAAGAGCGGCGGAGGUGCAGCACGUCAAUCAGCUAUGUAGAGGAAGUAAAGGUUUCAGGAGACACGCUGGUGUCAAGACAAAAUGACACUAGGAACAAAGAUACAGGAAAAUGUGGACGCAAUAAGGAGGAGGAAACUCUGAUGAUAAGGGCUCGAUAAUGACUCACGGCGAUGACUGCUGCCCAACAGCAGAAGAUGGAGCCGAGAGCGACCAGCAGCAGCAGCAGCAGCCUCUCAUUCUGGAAAGAGUAGAGAAAGAAACAGUCAAAGACUGGCAAUCCGUUGUCUCCCAUCGGCUGAAGAAACACUGCUUGUGCACCCCAAAGAAAGCAAAAUCCAAAAUACUGGGUUUCGCCCCGAUUCUGAAAUGGCUGCCGCGCUACCAGCUCGGGGAAUGGCUGCUGGGCGAUAUCAUGUCAGGACUGAUUGUCGGAAUCCUAUUGGUACCUCAGUCCAUAGCCUACUCCUUGUUGGCCAGUCAGGAGCCCAUAUAUGGUCUCUAUACAUCUUUCUUCUCCUCCAUCAUCUAUGCCGUCUUAGGCACUUCUAAACACAUCUCAGUUGGGAUUUUUGGGGUGCUCUGCCUGCUUGUUGGUCAGGUCGUGGAUAGGGAGUUAGCUUUGGCAGGGUACCUCACAGAAAGCAGCAGCAUCAGUAGUAACAACAGUGCCAUCCUGCUGGCUGGCCAGGGGAAUGACAGCGUUGGGGUGGAAUGUGACAGAAGCUGCUAUGCAAUCACAGUGGGAGCUACACUUACCUUUACUGCUGGAGUUUACCAGGUGCUAAUGGGCAUUUUCCAGGUAGGCUUCGUCUCUGUCUAUCUCUCUGACUCCCUUCUCAGUGGCUUCACUACAGGAGCCUCCCUGACCAUCCUCACUUCACAGUUCAAGCACCUUCUGGGCCUGAAGAUCCCCAGGCCCCAGGGCUGGUUCACUCUGUUUAAGACCUGGUACAGCUUGCUCGUCAACCUGGGAAACACCAACAUUUGUGACCUGGUGACCAGUUUGGUGUGUUUGCUGAUACUGAUACCUACCAAGGAGCUCAAUGAUCGCUUCAAAGCCAAGCUAAAGGCUCCAAUCCCCUUCGAGCUCUUUGUGGUGAUAAUUGCAACACUGGUUUCUCACUUUGGCCACUUCAACACUGAUCAUGGGUCAGGCGUGGUUGGGGACAUUCCCACGGGCUUCCUCCCUCCCCAGCUGCCCAUGUGGACUCUGAUCCCCAAUGUGGCUGUCGAUGCCUUCUCCAUUGCCAUCGUGGGAUUCGCCAUCACUGUCUCACUGUCAGAGAUGUUUGCCAAGAAGCACGGCUACACAGUGGACGCCAACCAGGAGAUGUACGCCAUUGGCUUCUGCAACAUCCUGCCAUCGUUCUUCCGCUGCUUCACCACCAGCGCUGCACUGACUAAGACCCUCGUCAAGGAGUCAACAGGGUGCCAGACUCAGAUGUCUGGGCUGGUCAGCGCCCUUGUCCUGCUGCUGGUGCUGCUGGUUAUCGCACCACUCUUCUAUUCCCUUCAAAAAUGUGUAUUAGCGGUCAUCAUAGUGGUUAACCUCCGCGGAGCUUUACGAAAGUUCACAGACAUUCCCCGCAUGUGGUGUGUCAACCGUGUCGAUACCUCCAUCUGGGUGAUCACCAUGGCAACCUCUGCGCUUGUCAACACAGAGCUGGGUCUCCUCGUGGGGGUUUUGGUGUCGGCUUUCUGCGUCCUUGGCCGAACCCAGCAAGCCCAGGUCCUGGAGCUUGGCCGGGCUACAAGCAGGGAGCAUUACGAGGACCUGUCGUCUUACCGCGGCCUUCAAACACAUUCCGGAGUGACUGUUUUUAGAUACGAGGCUCCAAUCUAUUACGCCAACCAGAGCUUGUUCAAAAAAUCUCUCUACAGGUGUGUAGGACUUGAUCCUGUAAAGGAGAAAACCCGGCGUAUGAAGUUCAAGAAGAAGAACAAACAGGAGGGAGAAGUCGCAGGAGUCCCGAAUAUGAAGUCAGAGCAGGAGGAGGCUGAAGGUAAAGAGGAUGAGGUUGAAGCUGGUGUGACUGUAACCUUGAUGCUCAACAAGAAAUCUUCCUUACGCAGCUUGGUGAUCGACUGCAGUGCCAUCUUGUUUCUAGAUACUGCUGGAGUGAAUGCUCUGAAAGAGGUCCGCAAAGAUUAUGGAGAACUUGGAAUCAAAAUUGUCCUGGCCCAGUGUAAUGCUUCAGUACUGGAUGAUCUGGAAAGAGGGGGAUACUACCCCGAUAAAAAAGGAUGUGAUGGAGGAGAGAACAAAAUCAUGUUCUUCACCAUCGCAGACGCCGUCCGCUACGUCCAGAGCCUCUCAACUCCUAACGGAUAUUAUGACAACAAAUCCUAAAAGAUAAUCAAUCUAUCUGUCCAAAUAUCUAUGUUUUCCAUAUAAAGUAUGCAGUUUACAUCUCAGUUAAUACAAAAAGUCCAUUCUUGCUUAUGUGCCUUGUAAUGCUACAGUGAUUGCUGAAGUCCUUCCUGAGUGUUGAAUGCUAAAAAAAGUCUUCCUUAUAGAAAUGGAGUAGAAGUACAUAGUACAAAGUGAAACUCCACAGUGGCUACAUCUGUACUUCACUUUGAGCAACAUUUUCUCUUUUUCUUUUUUGCACACAGACAUGUUCAUGAAACAGUCACCCUAUACAACAUAGACAGGAUGUGACUCUAAAUAACCCUAACUCAAUUUGAAAUUGUGACCCUGAAAGUGAAAAUGUGCAUCUAAUGUAGAGGUACAAUAGUAGCACAGUUCAAUCUACUGUACAACACAGUACAUUUUUGAUAAUCGUGUCACUUUUUGAUUCAGUCAUUAAUGAGUUCUAUUAUUGAGUGACAUGUAGAGUGGCUUUAAGCUUUUAUUUCUCAGUGGGGACCAAAGUUAACUGAAAUUAAAUAUUUUAUAAAUUCUG